CCAUUCGCAUUCACACCUAGGGGCAAUUUAGAGUUUUCAAUUAACCUACCAUGCAUGUUUUUGGGAUGUGGGAGGAAACCGGAGUACCUGGAGAAAACCCACACGGGCACGGGGAGGACAUGCAAACAACCUGUCCUGGCACACCCACUAACUCCUUGAUUAAUGUCGUGUAGGUAUGGCACUUGUUUUAGCAUGUCACACUGUCCCAGGUUUUUUUGUUUGUUUUUUUUACUUUAAAUUUUGUGAGGCCCCAAAUUUUGGCCCUGGGGAAACUGUCCACCCUGGCAUACCCUCCCACCCCCCAACUCCUUGUCGAAGUGUAAAUAGGGAAUAUCACACUUGUUGUCACGCUGGAUUUUUUUUUCUUUUCUUUUUUUCACUUUGGAAUAUUUUUUGUAGCCCCAUCCACCUAAGUGUACCCCGGAAUGCCUUGAGUGAUAGAAUAUAAAUUGGAAAUACCCAACUUUUUUCAGAGUGUGCCACUGUCUUACUUUUUUUUCACCUAGGAAAUUUUGCGCACCUUCAUGCUUUUCCCCUGAGGAAACCCAUUUGAUUGAGGGAUUAGGUUGGAAAUGUCGCACAAUUAUUUCAGGCUAUUGCAAUGGCCUUAUUUUCACUUUGUUUUCCUCAUUAUUCUUUUUUUAAUUUUGCGCACCCCCAAAAUAGGGCCAAUUUAAUGACAACACUCUUUAUACUGUGUUGUGCAUCGCUGGAAAAACAGCACCCUCUGGUUCAAUGACAUGCAGAGCGGAUGACGUGUGUUGGCGGCGCGGUUCCUUGUCUCCCACAAAAAAAACAAAGCAAAGAUAACUUGUGGCAUGAGGUCACGGGGAUUUCAGUUCCUGGAUGGCGGCUCGGCGCUAAUCCCACUUCCACGCCGGAUCUCUAAAAAAAGGAGCGGAAUGAGGAAAUUGACAAGAGCGAAGUGCAAAACAAACUUGUUGGAUGCCGUGAAAAGCUCUCCGGCCGAUGCUCGCCUCCUCACUCACUCGUGUCCCGCGCAGAGGCGCUCGUCCACCACCGCAGCCUCUCAUCAUCACCACCACCACCACCACCACCACCACCUCAUCCUCAGCAACCCCCGUCAUGUCUCUGCUGUUGGUCACUGUGCUGUCCACGCUGCUCGCCCACGACGCCCAGGCGUGGGGCUCCAGCGUCAAGUACGCCGUCAACUGUCCGGACAGGUGCGACACGGGGCGCUGCGGCCCCACGCUCGCCUGCGCGCGCACCGUGCUGGACGACUGCGGCUGCUGCCGGGUGUGCGCCGCCGGCAGAGGGGAGCACUGUUACCGCACCGUGUCCGGCAUGCACGGCGUCAAGUGCGGACCGGGCCUCUUCUGCGAGUUCUACAAGGACGAGGACGACUACGGGGAUGAAUACGGCGUGUGCAAAGACUGCCACUUUGGCACCUACGGCAUGGAGUGCCGUAAGAUUUGCGGCUGCAAAGGCGGCCUUUGUGACAGGGAGACAGGCGCUUGUCUGACCCUUCGAUUCUUCACCAAACUGGCCAGCAAGCUCAAGGCGGAGCCUCAAGAUGGAGAGGAGGGCUCAGGAGAUGUUCAGGAGUCCGAUCCACCGGCAGUAAAUAUAUCCAGCACUCCAAAGCGGCUCAACCCUCGCUGACCAGUGCAUUCAAUCAUUCAUAUAUUCCUUCUAUCUCUCAGUCAGUGGGAAUGUAGCAUUAAUUUAUAAGUGAACAGACAGGUCUCAUUUUAUUAUCUUCUUGAUUGCAUGUUGACUUUAUUUAUAUGGUUUAUAAUAUCACCUUUUUACUCAUCAUUCUCAGAAUGUUUCGAGUAUCAUUUUUCAUGUUGUCAUUGAAGUAUAUGUCAUCUAUCCCUACUGUAUUUGUACUGUAUAAAACAUAUAACAAUGUAAAGAAUGGUCUUACAAUUAAACCGAAGUUAUCAAAUUGUUUUAUUUACUUUUGUCUCGAGGCGACUAUACUGCAGAAAUGUACACAAUAGAGUGCUUUAAAAAAAUAUUUGUUUCCCUUGAACCUUUUCACAUUUUGUGACCUUAUAAUCACAAACUUGAAUGUAUUUUGUUGAGAUUAAUGUGAUAGACCAACAAAAAGUAACACUUAAUUCUGAGGUGGAAUGAAAAUGAAAAUUUUAAGCAAAUCUAAAUCUGAAAGGUGUAGUGUGCAUUUGUAUCCAGCCCCCUGUACUCUGAUACCCCAAGAUACAAUCCAGUGCAAUCAAUUGCCUUCAGAAGUCACCUAAUUAGUAAACAGUCUAUGAAGACAUGGUCGUCCAUCUAAACUAAUAGAGUGAGCGAGGAGAGCACUGGUCAAAGAAGCAGCCAAGAGGCCCAUAGUCACUCUGGAGCAAUCCACAGCUCAGGUGGGAGAAUAUGUCCACAGGACAACGCGUGCACCCCACAGAUCCCUGACCUUUAUGGAAGAGCGGCAAGAAGAAAGCCAUUGUUAAAAGAAAGGCAUAAGAAGUCCCAUUCGCAGUUUGCCAGAAGCCAUGAAGGGAACACCGCAAACAUGUGGAAGAAGGUGCUUUGGUCAGAUGAGAACAAAGUUGAAUUUUUUGGCCGACUUCUAAAGCGCUAUUGUAUGUGUGGCAGAAAAACUAACACUGCUCAUCACCCGGAACACACCAUCCGCACUGUGAAACAUGGUAGUGGUAACAUCAUGCUUCAGCAGAUGGUCAGUGUUGAUGGGAAGAUGGAUGCAGCUAAAUACAGGGCAAUCCUGGAAGAAAAACCUGUUUGAGGCUGCAAAAGAAUUGAGACUGGUAAGGAGGUUCAUCUUCCAGCAAGACAAUGACUCUAAACAUAAAGCCAGCGCAACAAUGGAAUAGUUUAGAUCAAAGAAAAUUCAUGUGUUAGAAUGACCCAGACCAAACUCCCACUGGACAUCUGUGGCAAGACUUGAAACUUGUUGUUCACAGAUGCAGAUGCUCAGAUGCUCUCUGUCCAAUCUGGCUGAGCUUGAGCUAUUUUGCGAAGAAGAAUGGACACAAAUUUCAGUGUCAAGAAGUGCAAAGCUGAUAAAGAACAUAAUCCAAACGAAUUGCAGCUGUAAUUGCAGGGAAAGGUGGUUCUACAAAGUAUUAUUGCAGUGGGGCUGAAUACAAAUGCACACCACAUUUUUCCCGAUUUUUAUUUGCUUAACUAUGGAUCAUUUGUUCCACUUUACAAUUAUGUGCUACUUAGUGUUGCUCAAUCACAUAAAAUCCCAAUAAAAACAUUUACCUUUGUGGCUGUAAGGUGGCAAAAUGUGAAAAAGUUCAAGCGGUAUGAAUACUUUUUCAAGGGAUAGUAUGUAGUAUUUUUAUUUAUUUUUAAUUUGAGAAGAAAUUUUAUAUAAUUAAUAUUAUUUGUACAUUUGAUUUCUAUAUACUAUUAUUGUAUGGCAAUAGAAUGUUUAUCUUCUAAUUUAGGGAUUUCAUCAGCUACGGUCCAUAAUAUCAUCAAAAGGUUCAGAGAAUCUGGAGAAAUCACUGCAUGUAAGCGGCAAGGCAGAAAACCAACAUUAAAUACCCGUGACCUUCGAUCCCUCAGGCGGCACUGCAUCAAAAACUGACAUCAAUGUGUAAAGGAUAUCACCACAUGGGCUCUGAAACACACACCAAUGUCAGUAAAUCCAGUUCGGCGCUACAUCCGUAAGUGCAACUUGAAACGCUACUAUGCAAAGCAAAAGCCGUUUAUCAACAACAUCCAGAAACUGCUGCCGGCUUCUCUGGGCCCAAUGAGCCUGUUCACCUGUGUGAUAUUCCAAACAGGUGUUUGAUGAGCAUUCCUCAACUUUCUCAGUCUUUUUUUUUUCCACCUGUCCCAGCUUCUUUGGAAUGUGUUGCAACCAUAAAAUUCUAAGUUACUGAUUAUUUGCUAAAAACAAUCAAGUUUAUCAGUUUGAACAUGAAAUAUCUUG